AGCUCCCAAAAGAUCUCGUGCUAGAUGGAGGCGGACAUGUACAUAUAAGACACAUCACCCUCUCUUCUUUGGUCGAUAUGGGAUGUUACAUUUGCAAUGAACCUUUCUCUUUUGUUAUAAAGAAGAAUUAGAUAAUACUUUGUUAGUUUCUUGUACCAAUGUCAAAGAACAAUAUGGCACUUUUGAUUUUGUAUAUAUAUAGGCAUCAAGUAUAAUAACUAUCAGUCAGCUUGUCUCUGCCUGAAAAUAAUAUAUCUCGAUUACAGAGGUGGCCAAAUCAUCCACCCAAACUGGUCAAAGGUCUUUCCUCAGUUAGUUCCACAGAUUGUAGAAAGAGCUGUAAGCUUGCCUGAAAAUAAUAUCUUAUACCAAGGAGGAGUCAUCUAGUCAGCCAACGAUUCAACUCAAGUACUUACGAAUAAGAUGAGGGGCCGUGCACAUAUUUCAGGGACGCCCCAUAGGCAUGGCGAUAGAGGUAUAGCGCAUGAUGGUGCUUCAAGCAUACCAACCAGUGAUGAGGGAUCGAUAAUUGGAAAUUCGAGUGAUUCAGUGGCGAUUGCCAUACAGCAAUUAAUCCGAAGCACGCCUGAUCUGAGGCCUGAGUGUUGCAUCUACAAUGUCCCGGAGAGAUUUCGCAAGGGGAAUGAAGAAUUCUACAAACCUCGUGUAGUCGCAAUCGGACCUUAUCACUUCAAAGAUGCAAGCUAUGCCAUGUGUAAGCCCAAAUACGUGGACGCCUUUUUCCGCCGGAACAAGCUCAACUUGGACCAUUGUCUUGGAUUAGUGAGAGCAUGGGAAGCAAAAGCAAGGAGCUAUUAUGUGAAGCAUAUUGAACUAAGUAGUGAUAAAUUUACUUUUAUCAUGCUGAUGGAUGCAACUUUUGUUUUGGAACUCAUGCUUAGGCAUCACUUUUCUAGAUACAGAGAUAAUUGUGAUCCGAUAUUUCACAAGCCGAGGAUGAUUGAAGACGUUUACCACGACAUCUUGUUGAUCGAAAAUCAACUUCCCUUCUUCGUCCUUGAGGGUUUGUACGAGCAAAUCGGUACGAAUAGUCUCACUCCAGGAGAUGAUCAUCUUUCUUUCACCAUGCUAACUCAUGAGUUCUUCAAGCAUUUCGUGAAAAUUGAUAAGUUUCCCGCCCAUGUUGUCUCUGCUAAUGAUCAAGUGAAUCAUUUUGUUGAUUUUAUACGACGCUACUACUUGGCGCCGCCACCGCCUCAAGAGGACCAGCAAAAACAUAACGCUAAUGUUCAUGAAAUUCCACCAAGCGUGACGGCACUCGAUGAGGCCGGAGUUAAGUUUGAGACAAUUAAAGGCAGUGCCUCCUUGCUUAACAUAGAAUUCAAGAAUGGCCGUCUCAAAAUUCCAAAUUUCAUAGUAGACGACUGGACAGAAACUCUCUUCAGGAACCUGAUUGCUUUCGAGCAGUGCCACGACACAGAGAAGUACAUUUCCCAGUUUAUGUUCCUCAUGAUGUGCAUGAUCAGGACUUCAAAGGACGCAGAUUUACUCAUGGACUCCGGAGUCAUAUCUAGCAUGCUAGGGAGUAGUAAAGACCUCUCCAUUCUAUUUAACCAUAUCAACAGAGACGUUGGCUUCGGAGAGCCUUUUCAUUACUUUCAGAUUUGUGCAAAUCUAAAUGCAUACUGCAAUACCCCUCGGCACCGGUGGAAGGCAAUUCUGAAGCGAGACUAUUUCAACACUCCAUGGAAACUUGCUUCUACUAUUGCUGCAAUUAUACUCCUUGUGCUCACACUCAUCCAAACCAUAUGCUCUAUCUUAUCCCUCUAAGAGGAGACAUUACGGAUCGACAACCAAGAACAAUCUUUUCACCAUACUCAUUAAGUUUCAUCCUCAUAAGCACUCGUUGUUUAUGAAUCUCCAUAUAUAAUAACAAAGUGUUUUAGUUCCAUUUAUGUUUAGUACCCUUAUAAUAUUUUUCAUUUUUGAAGAAAAAAAAAUGCAGUGACAGUAAAUUAA